AUGGCUUCGGUGUACAGCAACCUUACUGUGACGGACAUCGAGAAGCGCUUGAAGGUGAGCUCGAGCAGCAAUGUCGACGUCUCUCGCUUGCCUUGCCUGCAUCUCAGGCUGAUCUGAGUACCUCUCCGCCCACCUCGCUCAUUCUAGCUCAUGGCGAAUUUAUCAAAGGAGGCUUUUUCAGGAGAGCUGCCUUCGCCACCAUCAUCGCCGCGUCUUCAGGCUCGUAACAACACACAGGACAAGGCGAGAGCUAGCGGUCGGGCUACCGCUGGCACGGAAGAGGCGGAUGCUACCGAGAGCGCCACAAGCAAGAAGCGCAAGGUCAGCACGCGAGCAGAUGAUGUUGGAGCGCAGACAAAGGAGAGGAGGCUCUCAGAUUCUUCAGAUGGGACUAUCUCGCGAUCGAAGUGAGUUGGACAUGCAGCGUCACGAUGUAGUCGCCUUGACGGACACUUGUUUAUCUUCGGUACCUCCUGUGCCCAUUAGACGAGAAGAUAAAAACCAGAGCAAAGACACAAAAAGGGUCGACGUACGGUCGCUUCAUUGUAGCCUCGAAAUCACCCUUCCGCUCGAUCGUCGAUGGGACAAGGACCUCUUCGUAUCGACAGCUGCGUCGUGAGUUGCUGCAAAGCCCACGCAGGUUAUAUUCGGUGGCUCGCGACUCCGUGAAGCUGACCAUCGUUCUUCGGCCUCCUAGCUUUCGCGCGCGCGGCAGAUCAUUGAAGCAUCAGGGAGACCAAAGACUACGGGAAGAGUCCACGAUGCGCAUCGGGAGCAGCCCUUCGAGCGCCGCUUGCAUCGCGACAUUUGAGCAGAUGGACGCCGUCUUGCUGUACGUAUACAGCUUUUGGUGCGAGGACGAAGCAGCGGCUAUCGACACCGGCACCCCAGGCGUUAUCAUCGCCGCAAACUGGAACACGAUCUUUGGUCUUCUGAAGUACGUUUGCGAUUGCCAGGAACGCAACGGGUUCCCCGCCCUUGCAGGACUUUGGUGAGUGCUCUCGCGUAGUGCAUCUGCUGCCUCACUGUGCGCUGGUCGUUGACACAGCGCGUACAUAGUCGUCUUAUUGAGGCACUGGUUCUGCGGAAGGUCAGCGACAACGAGAAUCGUCUGCUUCAGCGUCGCCUCGCCAAGCUGGUGGCAUCGUCUGCUGCAAUAGCAAAUACUGGCUCAACCUACGUCGCGGCAGGACAAAGUCCAUCUACUCCAUUCGGUGACACAGCAGCGCCAUCACCGGCCUCUCAUCAUUCCGCAGAAGUCCCGCCCGGAGAUUUGUCGUCCGCAAUUGCCGAUAUCUCUAGUAUUAUGCGCAAGACGGUCGGCGAGUCGGAACGGAGUGCGAGGCUCUUUGCCCAAGCUAGGAAUGCGCUGUCACCGUCCACCUUGCAGGAUUCCUUCCCAGACGUCUGGCAAACUUGCCUGGCUUGCUCGACCGUCGUCGAGCCCGUAAGAGACGCUCUGCGCUUGAAUCCGGAAGGAUUUGGCUCGUCGAGCUGCGUCACGGACGAUGCCCCUAGUGCUCGAUGGGCGUGGCCACUGGACCACGUCACCCCUCUCCCACAUUACGUCAACUUCGGUCGCGCCCUACUCCGUGAAGCGGCAGCCCGGAAGAAUCUCAAAUUCCAGCUAGCUGCGAUCACUUCCCAUCGAUCUUGA